AUUCUUGUCUAGGAAAGCCCAUGGACAGAGAAGCCUGGUGGGCUGCAGUCCGUGGGGUCAGCAAAGAGUCGAACACGACCCGAGCGACUGAGCACGCACUCAGGCUGCGCUGAACUCGCGGGUGAGAUGAAGAAGGAGCUUCUUCCUUUCCCUGCACUGAUUGAGCAACACCCUGAGGAAGACAAGGCGGGGCCACCGCCGCCUGCUUCCUCCGAAAGCGUGGGUACAGUGCGCGGGAGCGAGGGUAUACCGAAAAGCUCCGACGUCUGGCCAUCAGAGGCCGGCUUUCCAAGUUCCACGGACGACCGCUAAGACUCCUCAUGACUGUGCCUGCCAUCAACCUGCGGGGACCUCGACAGCGAACGCUGCCCGGCCGCAAGGGGCAGCGGGGACGGAGGGCACCGGCCUCCUCGAGCGCCGCCGCAGGGCGCUCCGGUGGCCUCAAACUUCGGUUCGGGUACCUCGUCUUCGUCAUGGGUGUCGUGUCGUGGGUCAAACCUGCUUCAGCCAUGUCUAUAAGGAAGGAUGAAGUUCCCCAGCAGUUAUCAGCCCCACUGGAAUGGAUCCGCCAACAGAACUUAUGUCCACCAGGAUUCUAUAUGGAAGAAGUCAGUGGAGGUUGUGCCCCUUGCACCGAUGGGACAGACUACACCAAUCAUUCAAACACCCUCCCUUCUUGCUUACCUUGCACGACUUGCAAAUCAGAAGAAGAAAAAAACCGCUGCACCUCCAGCAAGGACACUGAGUGUCAGUGCAAACCCGGCACUUUCCGUGGAGAAGAUGCACCUGAAUUCUGUCAAAAAUGCAGCGCCGGGUGCCCUGAUGGGAAGGUCAUGGUCAUGAACUGUACGCCCUGGAGCAAUGUCAAGUGUGUGGACCAAGAAUCAGGCACUUCACCGCUGGUGACUAACAUUUUCACUGGACUUGGAAUCACAGUUGUAAUCACCUUUGUCCUAAUCAGAUGUGUUGUAUGUUGCUUCUCUAAAGUUUGCUUUGGUGAGUGCUGCCACAAGGAAAAGAAGCUGACAGAAGACAAUGCCCAGUCCCAAGAUGAAGCAAGCAGAGAGUCUGGUGAUCCUGCAUUGGUUUUGUUUUGCUUAUGGCUGCCUGUGCCAGAAUUUCAGAACCAUGUUUACGAGGCUCAGCUCUGUAAUCUAGGGCCCUCGAUGAAGACCAAGGCUGCUCUCCACUGUGUUUUACAGAAACCAGCAGCAUCUGAAGGAUCUCAGGGGAGAAGAUGGCUGCUGGUUCCAACAGACGCCACAGAAAGCCUGAAGCUGUUCUUCAGUGACUUUGCAGCUAUCUCUCCCUUGUGACUUCUGUGAUUUGCUGUUGAGGCAGAUGGGCCUCACAUGAAAUGAGAUCCUUGUGGCCAGAGAAUAGGCCUGGGGUUCUCCGGAUGCCGUGUGUGAAAUGCUGCCAGUCACCAAGAAGGGACAGGAGACCUCAGUCAACACCUUGCUGGAUGCUUGGAAAUGCUGGGGCAAAGACUGACAAAAGAGACAAUUCAAGAGCGCCUGCUGAACUCAGGAAAGUAUUAACAUGUUUAUGAAGAAAGUGAGACAGGCUGUGCUGUGCCCUAAGCGUUUGAGGACCUCAAUCUUUCCCUUCAGGACACACUCCUGAUAAGACUUCUACUUUUUAUUUGUAUUUGUUUGAAAUUUGCCAUUCAUGUUAGUAUGUAUGCAUUCAAUGACGUUAACUUAUAAUGAAAGCGUUAGUCACUGAGUCAUGUCCAACUCUUUGCGACCCCAUGGACUGUAGCCCACCAGGCUCCUCUGUCCAUGGGGUUUCUCCAGGCAAGAAUACUGGAGUGGGUUCCCAUUUCCUUCUCCAGGGGAUCUUCCCUACCCAGGGAUGGAACCUGGGUCUCCUGCACUGCAGGCAGACUUCUUACCAACUGAGCCACCAGGGAAGCCCCGUAACUUGUAAUAUACAUCAUUAAAGUGCAAACAUCUUGUAUGUCUUUGUACUUUUAUGUUUGUGCACAUAUUUAUAUGUGUUGAACAACGUUUUGGAAAUAUAAUUUUUAGGCUGUUUAUGUGGGCUACCUGGUUGAGCACUGGCAAUCCAAAGCAAUUAGAAAUACAAAAGGAGGGCAUUCCCUGGCUGUUCAGUGGGUAGGACUCUGCACUGAGAGCCCUGAGUUCAAUCCCUGGUCAGGAAGUAAGAUCCCAUAAGCCAUGAGGCAAAAACAAACAAACAAACAAGAACCUACAAAACAGCAACAACAAAGGAGAGCAAGCCCACUGCUGGGGGAAUUUGACCAGCUGGGGAUUGCCUGGCGACUUCUACAGGGUCCAGGCUUUAAACAUGGCCAACUUUAUAGUUGUGUGAAUAUUCGUACUUUUUAUAGGGAGAUGUUGACAGGUGAGCAGAGCGGGAGAAGUGGCACGCCCGCGCAGCGCCGUCUGGUGUCCGUGAGCGGGGCUGUGAUCCCCUGGGCUUCCUGUUGCUCACCUGGGAAGUCAGGGUGGGGCGUGGGUUAGAUAUGAGUGUCUGAUAGUUUCUGUGUCACGUCUGGUCUUAUCACCGACCUUCAUUCCAUCUGGGCUCAAGGAAGAGAGGACAGGGAUCUGCCAUGGUUUCUGCGAGGAAGAAUGGAC